AUGUGGCUGGUCCUCAAUUCAGGUUGGGUGUGCGGCGGUGUGCUGGUGCGGUGUUUGCGGCAUUCGUUAGCGCAGGUUUCCACUAAAGCAUCAAGAGUGGUCAAACCGUUGAAUGGUCAGGUGGCACUGGUCACUGGAGGUGCGCGGGGCGUUGGUCGAGGCAUUGCACUGGAACUCAGUGAUGCUGGUGCUACGGUUUAUGUUACGGGCCGUAAACCGGGGCCAGCAACCGGCAAGCCAACGCUAAAUGAUACAGUUGAAGGUCGAUUUUCUUCUUCUGUUAAUGUAAUAUUCGUGUUUGUUUAUAAUUUAUAA